AUGGACCGAUUUACACGAGUUGAGUUGACUAGUUCUCUAAGACCUGCAUUGCUUCCUAACGAAACUAUACUCGCAAUUCAAGAUAGUGUGGGACUUUACGAAGGAAAUGAAAAAGUACCUGAAUACUCGAAUGGUAAAGCGUAUCUAACAACACAUAGAGUUAUAUAUAUCGAUUCUGAGCACCCUCAAACACAUUCCCUGGCAUUAGACUUGUCGCUGGUUAAGGCGCGCGAAUAUUUUACCGGUUUCUUAAAAUCAUCACCCAAAUUAAUUCUUCGAUUUACUGAAAAUCUUUACGCACUCUCUUCUUCCCCUCGAUCUCAUACACCAAUAUCUCCCUCAUCAUCAACGACCUCCCUACCUUUAACCACUUCUAUCACCCCUACAACUUGGAUUUGUCCGAUUUGUUCCUAUUCGAAAAAUUUGACGAGUACAAAUCUCAAAUGUCAAUUAUGUGGGGUUAAACGUCCGGAGGAUCUUUUGUCGGCUCCAUCGGUUUCUCCUUUAACCUCUCAAAAUUCAAAAGAAAGUAUAAUUGGAAGUAAUGUUGUUGGUGGAUCAUCCCUGCAACAAGAAGAACAUUUAUCGCAAACUUCAGAUACCGAUUCACCGUCGGCAAAGACUCCUGCGGAAGGAAUUGCAUGCCCUGUGUGCACAUUCUUGAAUCAUCCGAGCAUGAUAAGAUGCGAAGUGUGCGAAUCGGAAUUGGGAACUUUCAAUAUUGAUGGGCUAAGCAUUACUGUCGACGAGGCAGUUUUGGGAUCGACUGCCGGGAGAUCAGGGAAUGCUUUGCCUGAUUUUGUGAAGUUGGCGUUUCGCAAUGGAGGGAUCGGUACUUUUCAUGAGAAGCUGAAAGUUGCCAUGUCAGGAAAGGAAUGGGAGAAAUCACUUGAACCUAUUCCUCCGAGAUCAACACCAGAUUUUGAUCCUGGACGCGGUGGCAUAAAGGGGAUUGCACGUAAUGUAGAAGAAGGUCAAAAAGAACAGGAGGAAACGUUAACAUUGGCUUUCAAAGAUCUAGACGGGUUGAUGGCAAAAGCUAAAGAAAUGGUCAAACUUGCUGAAUCGAUGAAGUUGAAAUUAAUCAAAGAAUCGAAUGAUUCGGAAGCAUCAGCUGAUGAAGCAUCAUCUUUGAAUACUUAUUUAUUGGAGUUGGGAAUAUCAAGUCCGGAAUUAUCGCUUCAAUUGGCGGAAUUUCUAGAAGGUAUAUUAGAAAGGGAGAAUGGCAUGAUGGCCUUGACGGAUAUUUAUUGCAUUUUUAAUCGUGCCAGGGGAGUCGCACUUAUAUCGCCUGAAGAUAUGUAUAAGGCAUGUUCUCUCUUUGAACAGUUAAAUAUGCCGAUGCGAUUACGUAAAUUCCCAAGUGGUCUAAACGUAGUACACGAUGAAAAAACGGCACAGCGUAUAUUAGAGGAAAUUCAAAAAAAUGGACCAAAGACCGCGAUUGAUUUGGCCGAACGACAAAAGACUAGCGUGUUUUUGAUGACCGAGGCAAAAGGAUUGAUAUGUAGGGAUGAGACGGUGGAAGGUUUGAGGUUUUAUGAGAAUCUUAUUAGCAAUUAUGAAUGGGAAUUUGAAGAUUGA